UUCGAUUUACCCUAUACAUACAUCAGGGUUACCAACAGUUAUUAUGAACAAAGAAGUUAUUGUGCUUGUCAUGCAAGUGUUUAUUAACCUAACAAAUUUAUACAGUUUUAGGUGUUUGUGUGUUAUCCACAGUUCGUAAAAUUCUCAUCAAAUAUCAUGAGUUUCGCACUACCUUCCAUUAAACCAAAACCAAGCUCGCCUAACGAAGCCAUCCUCGAAGACUCCACUGAUGUUGGUGUACCUACACUUCUCACAUCCGGACUGGCAGGUCGAGAAAUAGACGCCGACUUACACCCUUUAAUUUCAUCGGAACGUAACUAUCAUAAGAAUCGAGAUGCGAUGAACAUGGCAAUUUUAAGAAACACGCAAGGAAUGCACGCCCCGUUACGGUUAAAUAUGGAACUGCUGGCGGUGAAGAAGGUGGGCCGCUUGCCUUUCUUGCCGUCUUCAAAUGCUAUGCACGAUGCCUUAACCGGCCGUGAUUUAGAAGUAUGGCCGGAAGAUCUAUAUAACACUGCCGAAUUUAGGGAAAUGGCCGGUCAGCCGCAUGCUGUGGUGGAAAAGUCUUUAGGAAUUCUCUAACACUUGCAUUUUCUUUCUAAUUAAACUAAUAAUUAUAUAAUAAAUACAUUUUUUUGCAUUACA